AUGCGGCGACCUUCUUUGAACUCUCGCGAGGUUUCGUCUUCCCGGAAGUCCCGAAGGAUCUUCGCUGUUAACGGCGUCGCGAUGUGUGUGGACUGUGUGGAGAAGGAAUAUCCCAACCGGGGUAACAUCUGCCUGGAAAAUGGAUCUUUCUUGCUGAACUUUACAGGCUGUGCAGUGUGCAGUAAGCGAGAUUUUAUGCUGAUCACAAACAAAUCUUUGAAAGAGGAAGACGGAGAAGAAAUAGUUACCUAUGAUCAUCUUUGUAAGAAUUGUCAUCACGUAAUAGCCAGGCAUGAGUAUACAUUCAGUAUCAUGGAUGAAUUUCAGGAAUAUACCAUGCUGUGUCUGUUAUGUGGUAAAGCUGAAGAUACUAUCAGUAUUCUCCCGGACGACCCCCGACAGAUGACUCUAUUAUUCUAA